AUGGAUCAAAUCACAAAUCCCAAGGAUCUGGAUCGACCGUCAACCAAGAGUAUCGCGACAUCCAAGGUUUUCACCUUCAUCGUUGGUCCUGACCAAACCGAGUUUACCAUUCACGCGGCCCUUGUUGCCAAGCAGUCACCCGUCCUGAACGUCCUUGUCAACGGGCCCUUCAAGGAAGCAGUGGAACAACGCGUCGAAUGGAUCGACCUGCAGGAGGACGUAUUCUUGAGCUUCUGGGAGUUUGCGUACACCGGCAACUACACGAACCCCGUUCAAGAAAAUGGCUAUGAGGAGGACAGAGAUCCUGUCGAAGAAGAGCUGAGCCACUGGGGCAAGUUUUGGGCCAACUACGUCCGCCUCCACCCAGGACUCUCUGACACCAACAGUCGCGAUACACCCAGGCUUAAUCCUUUGUGGCAAGAAUUUGUUAACAAAUACGCCCCCAUCUCUCGGCCGCCUGAUGCAGGGAACAUCGGUGCAGAUACACUGCUACAUCAUGCCCAAGUGUGCGUCUUUGCAGAUCGCUAUUGCAUGGACAAGUUGAUGGAUGUUGCAAUGGACAAGCUGUUCAUCGCCAUGGAAGAAACUAUACCUUGGGGCUAUUCCCGGGAUCAUGUGAUGGAGCUCCUUGUCUUGGCUUCAGGCAAGUUCGUACCCAUGAGACUGCGGCGGAUGGUCGCAGGAUACAUUCUGAGUCAGGCUGAGCUGUUUAAGAACGAGGAAUCGUUUCAGCACUUUAUGUGCGAUAGCAACGGUCCGAUGCAGGAACUCUUGUGUCCGAUCUUUGAAAUGGAUGUGGUACGUUGA